AUGAACAUCGGGAGGCCCGCCGACAACAUCGUCCUUCCCUUCAUGAGGGCAAGGACCGGUGACCCCAACCAUCCCGCCGAGCGACGUCUGCGCGGCUUUGGAUGGCUGCCCAACAAGGUCCGCAACCACUUCAUCGCCAUGAUGGGUGAAUUCGUCGGCACCUUCCUGUUCCUCUUCUUCGCCUUCGCCGGCACACAGGUCGCCAACACUGCAGCUGCGGGAGCAAGCACCGAAGGCGGCGAGUUGGCCCAGGUCCCUAACGCGUCGGUCUUGAUGUACAUCAGCCUGGCGUUUGGCUUCUCGCUGGCUGUGAACGCUUGGGUAUUCUUCCGGAUCAGUGGAGGGUUGUUCAAUCCGGCGGUCACCCUCGGCAUGUGCUUGAUCGGCGCCGUCGGAUGGGUCAGAGGUGCCCUGGUGUUCAUCUCACAGAUUCUUGGAGCCAUCUCUGCGGCAGGCAUCGUUUCCUGCCUCUUUCCAGGCCCGCUUGCUGUUCGUACCUCCCUCGGCGGCGGCACUUCCAUCGUUCGCGGUCUCUUCAUCGAAAUGUUCCUCACGGCAAUGCUUGUGUUCACCAUCUUCAUGCUCGCUGCGGAGAAGCACAAGGGAACGUUUCUUGCGCCAAUUGGCAUUGGUCUCGCACUAUUCAUCGCCGAGCUUGCAGGUGUUUGGUUUACCGGCGGCUCCCUGAACCCGGCCCGCUCCUUCGGUCCCAACGUCAUCCUUGGCACAUUUGAAGGUUACCAUUGGAUCUACUGGGCUGGACCUGCCUUGGGCUCUAUUGUAGCCGUAGUUUUCUACCGCCUGAUUAAGGUCUUGGAAUACGAAACCGCCAACCCCGGCCAAGAUUUCAACGAGAAGGAGGCAGAAGUGUUCAACCCAGAUGAGGAACCGGCCACUGCCGCCGACGUCAGGAGACCCAAUGUUGGAGUCGGAGCUAGUGAGUACAUUGCCACCGAGGAGGGGAUCCAGCCCGUGACCUCUAUCACUACUGCUUCUAGCGAUGGCGGAGAGCUAACGAAAUAUCCCUCCAAAGGCCGAGGUGGCCAUGAUGGCACGUCUGAGGAUCUAGGUCGUUCGCGUUCCAACAGGAACUCCGCCGUCUAUGGCCAGCCGAGGCCCGCGCAUACCGGACGCAGCAGCGGAGAUCACAGGCGCAGCCGUGGCGGCAGUGGCUCUGGCACGAAGCCGUCGUAUGAUGGAUAUGCAGAUGCCGCACGCGCAGCCUACCCACCGGGUGGAUCGAGUCACAAUCACUUCCCGCACGAUCGAGGCUACUACAACGGGCCGGAUGCCGAGAAUGGCACGAUGUAUCAACCCAGCAGAGUCUGA